CUUGACAUCGAUAGAAGUUUUACAUUGAUAGAAGUUUGUCGGUUGAGGUAGAAUGUCUUGUUCCUUAUAAAUAUAUUUAUAUCAGGCACUAGCAUGACAUUGAUACCUAUGGCCAAGUCACGAUGAGAUUAUGAUAGAUCAAGGAAGAUCUUAUGAGAUUUUUGUCGGAGAUGAUCCUAUCACGUGGAAUAAUUGUUCUUUGUCAUUCUAGAUGAUCAGUGAAAUUCGGUAGACAGCUAAAGUACCAUAGGUUGUUUUGAGAUCCUAAUUAUUUGUUCACUAUCGAUUCGGAUUAUUUGUUCUCUAAAUAAUCCGAUUGAUUAAAAAGGCCUCGUAUUUUUUGGCCAUUAAAAAGGCCUCAUGUGAAUUCGAACAUGCCUUUUGUACCAGGCCCAAUAAGGCCCUUAGCAAUAGCAGAUCGGCGGCACAACUAAUUUUGGCCUUGGGCAUUAUUUUUAUUCUCCCAACACAGAUCAAUUAUGGCAAAGUUGAACAACUGAAAGCCCCCCCUACAAAAUCAAGCAAUCGAUCCAUAUCCCUGCUUUUUCUUCCCCCCAUGCGCAGGCUUGUCUGUUUUCCUUGAGAAAGAAAACUUAACCGCCCUCCUCCUUCCUUCGCUUCCGCCUCCCUUGCAUGCAAGCCUCCCCCUCCGCCUCCGCCUCCGCCAGUCAAUCCACCGCUGGUCGGCGGUCGCUCAAUACCGGUCUCCACCUCCGAGCCACCAUCGUCGCCUGCCACCGCCGCCGCUGAUUCGCUCGAGGGGUUGUGGGAAGAAGAGCGGCAGAAAGUUCCCAGGACGAAAGGCAGGAGAAAGUUAGGGAGAGAGCAGCAAGGGUAGGGUUGUCGUCCGUUGACAGAAGAGCAGGCGAAGGAAAAUCCUGUGGAAAAAAGGAAUUCCAAUCGUCGUCUUCCUUCCUUCCCGGACUAACAAGGAGUUGCCGCCGACCACGUUUCCACCGCCGCAGGUACAUUUUUGUAAAUGCUUUUUAACUAUUUGGUACGGUGGAUUAGAGUAUCUGACGUAGUGUGUUGUUAUACUCGUAGGUGUAAUUUUCUUACAAUGGAUCGUGUAUCUGAAUGGUACCCGUAAGUAUUGUUUACCAACUAAUCCUUAGACUGUCUACUCCGCUUCUUUUUCGUAUGGUCAGACAUUAGUAACGGUUUUAUUUGUAGGGAUUUUAUGGUUGAGCCUGGUUUCGUUGCAAACCUGCGGUAUGAGGAAGCAGUAACUAUGUCUGAAUUUACGGAAUCACUCAGUCUUAUAUUGUUGCAAGAGAAUGUUGACGUUGAGGGCACUUCUUACCUCUUCUCUGGACGUGUCACCGAGUUGAGGACAUCAUGGUGUGCUGCAUCUAGAGUUCAUUUGAUCCACUUAGUUAUUGAGGAUGACUAUUUGGAUGUUGAGGUUGUUUUCCCAUCGGCAAACUUAUGCAAAAUCCUUUCAGAUGUAGUAAGUGAUGAAGACAUGGCCAAUGCCGAUUUCGUUACCCUUGUCAACUUGCUUGGUGGAAACUCUUAUGAGUUUAUGGUCACAUUGGGUCCUUGGAACCAUGGGUAUUUUGAGCUGUUAUUGGUCAAACUAUUCUUUCUCGUGGAAACUGAAUACCAUUACAGCAAUGUCAAUAGAAAUCUACUAAAUUUGCUUAGUGUCGGCCUUAAUGCCAUUUCUCUUGUUAUCCAAGUGUACUAAGUGUGUGAACACAAUGUUAUUUUGUACGGGUCCUGCCUUCUUAAUGAAUUGUUGCUUCCUUAUGGGUUGUUUGUUGCUUCAUACUACACUACAUGCCACAAACAAUCAAAAAUUAGUAUUCGUGAUUAAUAAGAAAGAGCGAACUUGAAAAUUAAUAACAAGAGCGAACUUGAAAAUAAAAAUACGAACGUGCUUAAAUAUAAACAUCUAUCAAUAGGAACGAAUGAUUGCAAAAAAUGUCAAAAUCUAUACAUAGCUAGCUAGGAUCGUUAGUUUUACAAGCUGAACAAUAUAGUCCAACGUAGGAAGCAACAAUUCUACCACAUAGCUUGAAAAUAAACAUCACACUUCACU